AAAGGAAAUUUGAGAAUUGAUUGGCUCCAGUUGCUGUCAGCGGGUGGAUGCCGUUUUUUUCCCCCUUUUUUUCCUUUUUUUUUUUUCCUACAGGAAGUGAUUUGCAGUGCUCACCGAGCCUUUGUUGAGAGGGGCUCCUCGCAGAGUGAGUCAUGCUUUCGCUGUGAGCAGCCCCGAGCAGCUGGGCUCUCUCUCCACCAGAGGCAACUAUGACUUUUGCAAAGCAAACGCUCCACCCCAAGCAGCGGGCUCUGAGGCCGGGGCUGCGGGGCCGCUGCGGGGCUGGCUUUUGAUAGUGGAGGGCCGGGUACUCAGACCCCGCUGUCCCUCUGCAGAAGGCUGUCCUGGGACCUCGGCUCUCGGUCUCACUCCGGGGCCCGUGGCUCGCCUGCUAUGCGCGGCAGCCCGCGCCGGGGCCGGCACCAGCGGCGCCCCGGCGGAUGCGGCGAGCCCACGGAGGGGCAUGCUUCCACGCACCAAGUACAACCGCUUCAGGAAUGACUCGGUGACCUCGGUCGAUGACCUCCUGCACAGCUUGUCUGUGAGCGGCGGCGGCGGCGGCAAGGUCUCGGCGGCGCGCGCGACCCCCGCGGCGGCCCCCUACCUGGUGUCGGGAGAGGUGCUGCGCAAGGCCCCCGACGAUGGGCCCGGCAGCCUGGGGCACCUGCUCCACAAGGUGUCCCACCUGAAACUCUCCAGCUCCGGCCUCCGCGGCCUGUCGUCCGCAGCCCGGGAGCGGGCGGGCGCGCGGCUCUCCGGCAGCUGCAGCGCGCCCAGCCUGGCUGCCCCAGACGGCAGCGCGCCCCCCGCGCCCCGCGCCCCGGCCAGCAUGAGCGCGGUCAGGAAGGGCCGGCCAGGAGACGAGCCCCUGCCCAGGCCGCCCCGGGGGGCACCGCACGCCAGCGACCAGGUGCUGGGAGCUGGAGUCACCUAUGUGGUCAAGUACUUGGGGUGCAUUGAAGUCCUGCGCUCAAUGAGGUCUCUCGACUUCAGUACAAGGACACAAAUCACCAGGGAAGCCAUCAGCCGUGUUUGUGAAGCUGUGCCUGGUGCCAAAGGAGCCCUCAAGAAGAGAAAGCCUCCAAGCAAAAUGCUGUCCAGCAUCCUGGGAAAGAGUAAUCUCCAGUUUGCAGGGAUGAGCAUCUCUCUGACCAUCUCCACUGCCAGCCUGAACCUGCGAACGCCUGACUCCAAACAGAUCAUUGCCAACCAUCACAUGCAAUCCAUCUCCUUCGCCUCUGGGGGAGACCCGGACACAACAGACUAUGUUGCCUAUGUAGCCAAGGACCCUGUUAAUCGCAGAGCCUGUCACAUUCUGGAAUGCUGCGAUGGGCUGGCCCAAGAUGUCAUUGGCUCCAUCGGACAAGCCUUUGAACUCCGGUUUAAGCAAUAUUUGCAGUGUCCUUCCAAGAUUCCGGCUCUCCAGGAUCGAAUGCAGAGUCUGGAUGAGCCCUGGACUGAAGAGGAGGGAGAAGGCCCAGACCACCCAUACUACAACAGCAUUCCCAGCAAGAUGCCUCCUCCAGGGGGGUUUCUUGAUGCUCGACUGAAAACCAGACCCCAUCCUCCUGAUUCAGCCCAAUUUGCAGGAAAAGAGCAAACUUAUUACCAAGGAAGACAUCUGGGAGAUGCGUUUGGUGAAGACUGGCCGAAAGCACCCAGCAGGCAAGGGUCCUUGGACAUCUACAGCACACCGGAAGGGAAAGCACCUGUGCCCACCCUGGGAGAAGGGCCCACCUAUGUCAACACCCAGCACAUGCCCCCGCAGGCCCCACCAGCCAUGGCCAGCAGCGUGGAGAGCAGCCCACGGAAAGACCUCUUUGACAUGAAGCCUUUUGAAGAUGCUCUCAAGAACCAGGCCCUGGGGCCCAUAUUGAGCAAGGCCGCCUCCGUGGAGUGCAUCAGCCCUGUCUCACCCAGAGCCCCAGAUGCCAAGAUACUGGAGGACCUGCAAGCUGAGCCUUGGUACCAGGGGGAAAUGAGCAGGAAGGAGGCGGAGGGGCUGCUGGAGAAAGAUGGAGACUUCCUGGUCAGAAAGAGCACCACCAACCCCGGCUCCUUCGUUCUCACGGGCAUGCACAAUGGCCAGGCUAAGCACCUGCUGCUGGUGGACCCUGAAGGAACGAUCCGGACGAAAGACAGAGUCUUCGACAGCAUCGGCCACCUCAUCAACCACCACCUGGAGAGCAGCCUGCCCAUCUUCUCAGCGGGGAGCGAGCUCUGUCUCCAGCAGCCGGCGGAGAGGAGACAGUGAGCUGAUGCAGCCCAUCCUGACACUGGGCACCAGGUCAGGGGGACCUGGAGUCCAUUGGUCUCGGGCUGCAGGGCCUGGGGGAGCUGCUCGGGGGUGCCUCACCUUCUCCAGAAGCCCCCAGAGGAAGGCUUCCUUCAAGUUCAAAUUUCAUAAACUUGUUCCAGAUUCCUCAUAUGCAUAUUAAAGGUGUACAUACCUAUACAUCCUGUACAAAUUAUCCCUCUAUAUUUAUAUUUUUUAAGACUAAGAAAGAUGUAAGACUAAUGUUCUGUGCCGUAUGUAUUUAAUGGAAACAAGUUUGACUGUAGUUGUCCAGGCAAAAAUUUAACUCAACUGACCUAUCCCACUGGGACGUUUUAUUAGGAAGGUGUAACCCACAGCUUUACCUAAUAAGCACAACACGCAGGGAAUAGAGACAAGUAAGAGGUGGGGGGGCGGGGGUGGUAAACAGGAUUGUGACAGACAGAGCCAGGAAGCCCUAUGCCCAGGUGCUUCCCGCUGCACUGGGCGUACUCUACUUGAUCUUAGCCAAAAGGCUGAGAAGCGAUGGAAGCACGUGUAAGAGCUGGUUCUGAGACUUGGCUCCGGGGGCUGAUGGGUGGUACCCCCAGUGCCCCUACCAGUGCCACCCCGCCCCCCACAUGUGGGGCUCCCACUGCAGCUUCAUGACAGGCAAGUGGCACUGCAGCUCCUCUGGGUCCUGCUGAGCAUGGGCGCCUGCCGCUCAGCAGGAUGUCAGUCACUUGGGAGUCACGGAGGAUUCUUUUGAGGGCAAAUAUGGCACAGAGUAAGCCUUGCCAAUCAAGACCCUGAUGACAAAUGCUGCCCUAGUUCUCAACCAUAUGAGAAUGAGAUGGGCAUCCGAGGAAGGCAAUCGAGGCAAGUCCUCAGUGUGUGUAUCUGUCUAGCCAGUGAGCUGAUCACAGGCAGCUUGUGGUGGCUGCCAGUCAAAUUGUCGCCAUUCCAGUCCACCCUUCAUAUUCAAUAGAGAAAAAGCCUGUGUAAGUGCCAUGGGAAGGCGGGGCCAAGCACACUUCAGACUCAUUCCUGGCCUGGCUCAGGUGUGUGUGUGUGUGUGUGUGUGUGUGUGUAUGUGUGUGUACAUGUGUGCGCAUGCUCAGGAUGAGGCCCUGGAGUUUUAGGCACUAGUUAGAGGUUUGCCCCAGAGUGAGGGAUGGUGAGCCCCUUACUGUCCCUGCAGAGUUUCCUGGUGGCCCUAUGGACAGGUGUGUGUCCCAUACUGCUCUUAUUUCUACAUCAACACUGACAUUUCCUGAUGGCCAUUUGGUGUUGGGAACUUGGCAGUGUCUAUGACUUUAAAAAUAUUUAGGCUGAGAUUACCUUUACAGAUGCUGCAAUUAUACAAUAGCUGGAGGGUGCAUUCACCGGUUGGCAUCUCUUCUAGUUUCUGUGAGGUCCUGUAGCACAGGGCUGUAGCCAGUGGAAUGGAGACACUCUGCACACACUUAGAAUUGCAGAGUGAUAAGUUGGAUGCUUUUUAAAAAAUCUGGUGAGUCAUGAUUCUGCGAGGUUCUAAUGCCAAGUGUGGGAACUCGGUUUCUGCUUUGGGAGUAUGCGGCCAAAUGGGAGGACACAGUACAGCUAAUGAAUGAGGAUAGGUCAGGCAGAUCCUAGGCUUUUUUGGAGUUUUUGCCCUUUGGGAUUCCAAUGAAUCCAAGCUGAUGGUGGAGUUGAGUCUUCUGGAAUGUUCUGUGGGAGGUGUAGACCUCCUAUGCUUCCUGAAUGAUGCUGGUUUCAGGCACAGCAUGGAUGCCUGAGCAGGGAGGCAGGUAGCAGCUGGUCCAGGCACCCAUCUGUGACCACACAGUCUCUGGGCUGGCUAUGAGAAUCACACUGCACUCCUGAGCCCUGGGGGACUGCACCUUGCACAUACACGCACAGGUCUGAGCCUCUUGUGUGCAAACACAUACUACAUGUAAAGUGCCCGCAGUUGCCUUCUGUCAACAUUCUGGCAUUCCCUGUGUGUGUGAAGCCAAAUGCUAAUAUUCAGGGACACCAGGAAAGCAGAAAACAAAAAUUAACAACACUGAACAGUGGAAAGUUUGCUCUGGCCUAUUUUCCUUGUAGGAAGAAUUAAGAAGUGGUGAUCCACAGUUAUGGUAGCUCCCUUCUCUGAAGUUAGUGUUGAUUUCCAGGAUGAUAGGCAAUAUGUGUAUUAUAUACCUUGCAUGAGAAUCAAUUUAGAAAAUUAAAGGUAUUGGAGUCAUUUUUUCUUUUCAAUGUUGAUUCAAAAUACGUAAUUUUGAUCUCAGAUUCUAAGGUUGGUUAUGCUACAAUAAUGCCAAGUGAAAAAAACUGGUAUUCCUUUUUAACUAUCAGAGAUUUCAGAUGUAGUGGUUGGCAGUAAUCUUAUAGUUUUUGUUCCCUUCAAUUUUUUUUCCUGGUACUUAGAUUGAACCCAGGGCCUUCUCACUGAGCUACAUCUCCAGAUCUUUUUAUUUUUUAAUUUUGUGACAGGGUCUUCCUAAGACUCUCAGUUGCCUGGGCAGAGCUCAGACUUGUGAUCCUUCUGCCUCAGCCUCUCAGAGUGCUGGGAUUACAGGUACGUGUACAAUGCCCAGUUUCCCUUCUAUUUUUAAAGUGUGCUAAAGCACACAUGAGUUAUCUCAUCUCUUACUUCAAGCACCAUGUGAUGGGGCAUUCCUGUGAGCCUUGCUCACAGUGGGGAAACUGAGGCUGACUGCAGGUCCUGCAGUCAGCUGGCAGCAGAGCUCUUCUGCUCACUUGGCACUUCCUGAGCUCUUCCUGCUGUGUGCCAGUCAGGGUUUGGAGAUAAGCCCAAUAGGGGGCCUCCGCCCUACCCAGCCUGAGACCCUGCUGCCCUUGGCUGUCAAACUGCACCCCUGCCCGGCAGGGGCAAAGCUGUUGAUUAGCACCCCCAGGCAGAGCAGCACUGUGUGUUGCAUUUGGGUACAAUAGCAGUGUGCUGUACUGGGCCAUCCUGGGCCCAUGGAGUUGCCUCGCCCCUGCCACCUCUCUCCUGGGCACCACCACUGCACCCUGCUAGGAUGCAAGGAGGGUCUAGCAGUCUUAAUGCAGUGGCAGUCUUUCCCAGUGGCCCUGGACACCCUGCUCCCCCUUCUCCACCUUCCUGCAUGAAUGAGCUGUGCUUCAAAUGCACCUCUGUCCUGUGAGCCCAGAUGGGUCUCCCAUGGGGUCCUCACUGUGGUCCACGAUUGCUUGACCACCAGGAUCCCCUAAAUGGCUCCCUGUAGAGUCAGGUGGGCAGUCUGAUAAGCUACAGGUCAAAGACUCAGUCUUAAAUCCUAUACCUACAUUACCAUGGGCCUUUUUACUUUGGAAGGACCAAAGGGUUGGGUGCUGUUUAGGCUUGGUGAGCAAUCAUUCUGUUUAAAGCCAUCUCAUGUUGAGGUAGAUGACCAAGGACCAACUGAGCUAUGCACAGCUCCCCAUGGCUGGAGGACAGACUCAGGACAAGUAGACCCAAAAGAGCCCAGGGACUGAGGGUCACAGCUGACGUGUGUCCAGCUGCCCUGCCCAUCUGGGUGACUAAAGAUGUCCUCAGCUCCUGAGAUGAAACUUCUUCCUGUUUCAUCAGGCACUUGGCUAGCUCCUGUCCUCAUUUCCUCUGAGCCAUUUGCCUCAUGAAGGCCAGUCCCACAUUCCCUCCCUGUUGGGCUGAGCUGAGCAGAAGCUGGACCACAGGCACCCCCAGAUAGUGCCAGUGGCACAGGACACCUCUGUCUGGCCUCAGCUCCAGCACACUCAGAAUGACAGCCUCAGGCUGGUGGCUGGGUCUCUCUGAGCUUUGGCUUACUUCUUGCCACACAGUGGCUGCACGUAGCUCCCACCGCAAGGGAAGUGUAACUUCCUGGAGUUCUUCAUUCACAAAAGCAUAUGUCAUUUCUCUUUCUGUCUGGCCAAGGCUGCUUGCCAUCCAAAUCCGCUUUUGUAGAUGGAGACAGCUAGAUUGAAAGUGGGUAGGAGGAUUGUGAAAAGAUUGCGAACUAGAUCACUGCACCCGGACAAAGUCUUAGCAGUGGGAUUCAGAAUAACACUCUGGUUUGUGGAAACUCUGUUUCUUCUAAGAAAGAUAAAACCGAUAACUCCCAUUCCUGGAAUAUCUUGAAAACAGAACUGUCAGCUUCAUACAAGAUAACAAGGAAUGGAGUGUUGCACCAUGUGAUCCCCUUUUUCAGAUAAGGAAACCAGAGCCAGCUGGCUUGCCAGGAUGGCUGACACUAGGAAAGAACGUGAUCUUAGGUCCUUCAGGGAUUAAACAGGAAGCUCACCCCCGUGAAAGCGUCUGUAGUGUUUUUCCUCUGGUUUUACCUUUACGCCCCACUUCAAAAUGCAGCUGGGAGAGACAGUGCUUCCAUUCUCUCUUUUAGUUGGGGUUCUUGUGGAAGCAGACCAUGAAGAAGGUCUGAGUGUGAGUAGUUUGUGUGGGUAAUGAUCCCAGGAAUGGGGGGGAAGGAAGUGAUAUAGAAGGGGUACGUUGUCAAGUGGUUUUGCAUGAUAUGGAGAUGCCCAGGAGACAGGGCGGGACGCACCUCAGUGGCAGCCCAGCAGAGGAGACAGAAAGUUUAUCCUAGGUGUGAUAUCCUGGUGGGAUGCUUUUUCAGGGAUACCCUGGCCAUCCCUGUGUGCACUGAGCCCACUUGGCAAGCUGGGAAACCCUUGGACAUCGACAGAAGUUCAUGAUAAACAGACCUAGGGUAGAUGGGGGCCUGAGAACUGGCUGGCUUGCCAGCUCACGCUUAGAUUGCAGGACUCUGCUUCUCUGAAUUCCUGACCAGUGAGUCUGGAGUGAGGCCCAAGAAUUUGCCUUUCAAAUACAUUGCUAGGGGGUACUUGUGCUGCUGGCUACAAGUCUUGACUUUGAGAAGCAUUGGCUGAGGAGAGUUUUCAGCCCUUACCUAUCUCUUAUUGAUGGCCUCACCCCUCUAUUUGAUGAUUAAGUAUUCAUACCACUUCAUGUCAUAGCUCCCGGGCUCCAUGCUGUGAAUGUACAAAUGGAGGAUUAAUAAGCACUUAUAACUCCAUGCAACUGUUGCUGGCAAAUAAAAUGCCAUCUGCCAGCCACAAUUUAUUUAUAAUGGGGUUUAUACAUAUUUAUAAAUUUGCAAGCAACAAAUGCACAGUUUUAAAACUGGCACAUUUUAUAUCGCAAUCAGAAAAAUUGCAACUUUAUACCAGGAUUGUGAAUGUGCACUGCAUAUGUAUAUACACACAUACAUGUACCCACACUAACUUUAGUGGAUCUGUACGUCUGGGCUGCCCACCAGAUGACUCUUUCCUGGAUCUUGUAACUAAGAAGGAUAACUAGAUAGUCAAACAGUCGGUAAGAGUUUGGGAUUGAUGGGCACUGGCCCUGGCUUACACAGAGCAGGAAACUGGAGGUUGUAGGACCUGGGGCUUCAACAGGAACAGGACACAGGAACAGCACACACAGGGGACAUCCACUAGGGACCCUGACAGAGAAAUGAGAGGGAAGAGAGACUAGCAGGGAAAGACAAGGAAAAGAGAAGGCAAAGACAGGAGAAAGGUAAAAAGGAGAGGGAAGACAAAACAAGUUCAGACUUGCAUUUUACCUAUCCACAAGGGCAUGUCGAAGGAGGCUGUGAUUUGGCCAGUGUGGUUCCCCGGAUGCAGCUGUGUUGGUGGCACAGCCCCUUGGCUUUCUAACCAGCCUUCUUGGCCUCGUUUGUGCAUUUGUCCCUACAGAGCAUGUUCUGCACUGGGUUCACGGGCUAGAGAAAUAAAUGAAUGUACCAGGUUUUUGCCUGAGUUUGUAAUCCAGUAGGAGGUCAGUACACACACACACACACACACACACACACACACUCACAACUAGUUGGCAUGUGACAAGCCUCACAGUGCUAGUGUGUCCCAGUUCAACAGAACCAGGGAGGGCUGGAAACACAGGUCUGUCCAGGGCCUCUGGGAGGGCUUUGUGCAGCAGGCAUUGGUGUAGGUCAGAAGAGGCAGAUGAGAGCAUAGAAAGCUCAGGACUUACCUGAUGCAGGUGAGCCCCCAGCAGUAGAAGAUGCUGAGCAGAGCAGAGGGGCUCCCAGCCUCCCUUCUUCCUCCUACCUGCCAGCUCAGAUGCCCAGAACAGGUGAGUUCCAAGUACCUAAAAUGCACAGGCUUCCUUCCCAGGGCUGGAAGAAACAUGCUUGCAGAAGAAA